UUUUCUGUUAACAGUUAUUAUCUCACCCUCAAAAAUCUCAACUUUAAUAUAUAAAACUCAAUCAUUUCUCCUCCUCCUUCAACCCAAUUCACAAUAAAAAAUAACCCAACUCAAAUCAUACACUGAAAAAAGAAAAAAAAAAUCUCCAUUUCAGUUAUGAAGAGGCAAAAAACCAUGGAAUUUUGCAGCACCAGUAAUUUCUUUGAUCUAUUAUCAGAAGAGAUAAUUUUCACAAUCCUAGACUUUUUUGAACCAAACCCACUCGAUAGAAAAUCAUUCUCUUUAGUCUGCAAAUUAUUCUAUACCACAGAAGCAAAACACCGCAAAAAUCUGAAACCCUUACGUCAAGAACACCUGCCAAAUAUUCUUAACAGAUACCCAUAUAUAGCCCACCUCGAUCUUUCAUUGUGUCCACGAGUAAACGAUAAAUCUUUGAAUAUAGUCUCGAGAAUCUGCAAGGAUUCUUUGAAAUCCAUCGAUCUUUCGCGGUCGAGGUUGUUUUCGUAUAAUGGGCUGAUGAGUUUGGCGUUGAAUUGUAGUAAUUUGGUGGAUAUUGACUUGUCGAACGCGACGGAGCUGCGGGAUGUGGCGGUUUCUGCGGUGGCGGAGGCCAAGAAUCUUGAGAGGCUGUGGUUGGGGAGGUGUAAGUUGAUUAGUGAUAUGGGAGUUGGGUGUAUUGCUGUUGGUUGUAAGAAGUUGAGGUUGAUUAGCUUGAAGUGGUGUUUAGGGGUUACUGAUUUAGGAGUUGGUUUGAUUGCUGUUAAGUGUAAGGAGAUUCGAAGUUUGGAUCUUUCUUAUUUGCCGAUUACGAAUAAGUGCUUAUCUUCGAUUUUGAAACUAGAAAACCUUGAAGAUUUGGUUAUGGAAGGAUGCUUUGGUAUUGAUGAUGAUAGCCUUACAGCCCUCAAGCACGGCUGCAAGUCGUUGAAGAAACUCGAUAUGUCAAGUUGUCAAAACAUUAGUCAUGUUGGUUUAUCUUCCCUCAUCGGUGGUGCUGGACGUUUAGAGCAACUGACCUUAGCAUAUGGCUCUCCUGUCACUCUGGCACUCGCUAAUGGUCUGAAACAGCUUUCACUUUUGAAAUCUGUCAGACUAGAUGGUUGCAUGGUGACAUCUGCUGGACUGAAGGCCCUGGGAAAUUGGUGCAUUUCUCUGGAGGAGCUGAGCUUAAGUAAGUGUGUGGGAGUGACCGAUGAUGGCCUCUCCUGUCUCAUAACAAAACACAGAGAGAUGAGGAAGCUAGACAUCACGUGUUGUCGCAAGAUAACCGAUGUUUCUAUUUCCCACAUUGCAAGUUCAUGCACAAAUCUCACUUCUCUCAGAAUGGAGUCGUGUUCCUUGGUUUCUCGAGAAGCAUUUGUCUUGAUUGGACAGCGGUGCCAGUUUCUCGAGGAGCUUGAUUUAACAGAUAAUGAGAUUGACGAUGAAGGUCUAAUAUCAAUUUCUAGAUGCUCCAAACUCACAAGCUUGAAAUUGGGAAUUUGCCUAAAUAUAAGUGACAAGGGACUUGCUCAUAUCGGCAAGCAGUGCACGCGACUUGCUGAGCUUGACCUGUACAGGUCUGCUGGAGUUACAGAUUUAGGCAUUUUAGCAAUUGCUUCCGGUUGCUUUGACCUUGAGAUGAUAAUUAUGUCAUAUUGCACCGACAUAACAGAUAACUCUUUGAUAUGUCUCUCAAAAUGUAAGAGGCUAAACACUUUUGAAAUUCGAGGAUGUCCUUUGAUCUCGUCACUGGGUCUGGCAGCCAUUGCUGUUGGCUGUAAGCAAAUUGCUAAGUUAGACAUAAAGAAGUGUCACAAUAUCGAUGAUGCUGGGAUGCUUCCACUCGCUCACUUUUCUCAAAAUCUCCGACAGAUUAAUUUAUCAUAUAGCUCGAUUACGGAUGUGGGGAUCUUGUCCCUCGCCAGCAUCAGCUGUUUGCAAAACAUGACAGUCUUGCACUUGAAAGGCUUGACUCCUAAUGGACUGACAGCUGCCUUGUUGGCGUGCGGAGGACUAACGAAAGUAAAGCUCCAUGCAUAUUUUAAAUCGUUGCUUCCCCAGCCUCUUUUCGAACAUUUGGAAAGACGGGGUUGCCUGUUGGAUUGGAAAGAUAAACAAAUUCAGGCUGAAUUGGAUCCUAAGUGCUGGAAGUUACAGUUGGAAGAUAUGAUUCUAUAAAUAAGAUAGAAGUUUCUAUUUUGUCAAGAAGAAUAAUAUCAGCAAUAUGUAUAAAUUCCAUCGCUUCAAAGACUCCAUCGUCCAUAUAGGACAUUGGAAUUUUGAGGUUCAUGUGCUGUCAGAUUGUGUGAUUACGAACCACCGGAGUUUGAAUGGAGUGGUAAGGGCUCUUUCUUACUUAACCGGUUUUGGAUCAAACUUUCGAUAUAAAUUAUCUUAAUAAUCUUCCGGGAGAGCUUUGUCGUUUUAACUAGUUCUACACGGCUCUUAUUUGAAUUAAUCAAAGCAGUGACUCCGGACAUUGUACGGUAUCCGUAACAAAAAAAUGGUGUACUUAAGCAAGCUAUGAAUUAAUAUAUCCUUAUGUUCUUUCGGAAA